AUGAAGAACCCGAUGCUGGAAGCGGUGUCCCUCCUCCUCGAGAAGCUGCUCCUCAUCUCCAACAUUAAGCUUUUUAGUGUGAGCACUCCUGGAGGAGGCACAGAGAAGAACCGUCCCUAUGAAAUCAGCUCUUUUCUCCGGGGCGAUGUGCUGGAGGUGUCAAGGACCCAUUUUACCCACUAUGGGAUCUACCUGGGGAACAACCGUGUUGCUCAUCUAAUGCCCGACAUCCUGUUGGCCCUGACCAACGACGAAGGACGUACUCAGAAGGUGGUCUCCAACAAGCGUCUCAUCCCGGGAGUAAUUUGCAAGGUGGCCAGCAUCCGUGUGGACACAGUAGAGGACUUUGCCUACGGAGCAGACAUCCUUGUCAAUCACCUAGAUGAGACUCUCAAGAAGAAAUCCUUGCUUAACGAGGUGGUGGCAUGCAGGGCUGAGCAGCAGUUGGGGAUGACCCCCUACAGCCUACUGUGGAACAACUGCGAACAUUUUGCGACCUACUGCAGAUACGGAGCUCCAAUCAGUCCUCAGGCUGAGAAGUUUCAUGAGACGGUGAAGACAAUCAUUCGUGAUCAGAGAAGUUGUCUUGCUUCAGCUGUCUUGGGAUUAUUGUCCAUUGUCUACACAGGCCUGGCAUCAUAUAUGACCCUUCCUGCAAUCUGCAUCCCAUUCUGCUUGUGGAUGAUGUCUGGCUAG